UAUACACAAUAGGAUCCAAGAUGGCUGAGUUUGGAGCUUCAAACCACGGGGAUACUGCGCUGAAUUAUCAAGAAAAAGAGUUAAAUGAAAGAUUAAAGCGUCUAUAUCCAGCUGUGAACGAAGAUGAGUCCCCUCUGCCCCGAUCGUGGAGCCCAAAAGACAAGUACAACUAUAUCGGACUGUCACAGAACAAUCUCCGUGUACACUAUAAAGGACAUGGAAAAAAUCACAAAGAUGCUGCAUCCGUUCGUGCAACGCACCCGAUUCCCGCAGCUUGUGGCAUAUAUUACUUCGAGGUGAAGAUAGUGAGUAAAGGCAGAGAUGGGUACAUGGGAAUUGGACUGUCUGCCCAGGGUGUCAAUAUGAACCGACUGCCUGGUUGGGACAAACAUUCAUAUGGUUACCAUGGAGAUGACGGACAUUCUUUCUGCUCUUCAGGAACAGGACAACCAUAUGGUCCCACUUUCACCACUGGAGAUGUCAUUGGUUGCUGCGUUAACCUCAUAAAUAAUACCUGCUUCUACACAAAGAAUGGCCACAGUUUAGGAAUAGCAUUCACAGACCUUCCUCCUAAUCUGUACCCAACAGUAGGACUUCAAACACCUGGUGAAAUAGUAGAUGCUAACUUCGGACAACAGCCUUUUGUCUUCGACAUUGAAGAUUACAUGCGGGAGUGGAGGGCAAAGAUUCAUGGUACAAUUGAGCGAUUCCCCAUAGGAGACAGAUUAGGGGAAUGGCAGACAAUGCUGCAAAACUCAUUAUGUGAGAAUUUGUUUUGCAGCUUGGUGUCAUCCUACCUGGUGCAUCAUGGGUACUGUGCGACAGCAACUGCCUUUGCCAGAGCAGCAGGGCAGACCAUUCAAGAGGAGCAGAACUCAAUCAAAAACAGACAGCGAAUACAAAAGCUAGUUUUAGCAGGAAGAGUGGGUGAAGCUAUAGAAGCAACGCAACAAAUGUAUCCAGGAAUUCUGGAGCGUAACCCAAACUUGCUUUUUAUGUUAAAGUGUCGGCAGUUUGUGGAGAUGGUGAAUGGUACAGACAGUGAAGUGCGUUGUUUCAGUGCCCGUAGUCCUAAGUCCCAAGGUAGCUACCCUGGAUCACCCAACAUGAGCCCCAGGCAUGGAGCCAAUAACUCUCACAUCAACAAUGCAGGAGCAGAAAGUCCAAACUGCAGCAAUGGAAUUGUGCCAUUGAAAAGCAAACCAAUUCACAACAAAUACCCAGCUAUAAGUUCAUCAUCUUCAUCAUCUUCAUCUUCUUCCUCACCUUCCUCUGUAAACUAUUCAGAGUCUAAUUCCACAGACUCUUCCAAAUCCCAGCAACACAGUAGUACAAGUAAUCAGGAAACCAGUGACAGCGAAAUGGAAAUGGAACCAGAGCACUACACCAACGGAGUCUUGGAAAAUUCUUCCAGUAGAAUAAUGAAUGGCAACUAUAAACAUGAAGAAAUCCUGCAGACAGAUGAGUCCAGCAUGGAGGACAGCUGCCCUCAACGUCAGCUUUGUGGAGGUAACCAAGCUGCAACUGAACGCAUGAUCCAGUUUGGACGGGAGUUGCAAGCUUUGAGUGAACAACUUUGCCGAGAAUAUGGAAAGAACACCACACACAAAAAAAUGUUGCAGGACGCAUUUAGCCUGCUAGCGUACUCUGAUCCUUGGAGCUGUCCAGUUGGGCAACAGCUUGAUCCCAUCCAGAGAGAGCCUAUCUGUGCAGCCCUUAAUAGUGCUAUUUUAGAAUCUCAGAAUCUGCCAAAGCAGCCACCAUUGAUGCUUGCACUGGGCCAGGCCUCUGAAUGCCUCCGGCUAAUGGCACAUACAGGGAUUGGUUCCUGUUCAUUUGCCAGAGUGGACGACUAUUUGCACUAGCUGCUGUGGCAGUGGAAAGACCUCAGACACUGCCCCCUCACCUCCUGUUCAAGACCUACAGCAAACCCUUCGCCUUUUCUCGAAGACCAUCACACUGCCCGCAACACAGGUGCUGACUGAUCUUCUUUCCUGCCAGCAUCCUCAUUACAUUUUAUCAGGUUACACGACUGAAAGCAUUGCAUUUUGGAAGAGAUCAUGGGUGCAAUAGUGCACGAUAUAAAUGUAGCAUAUUCCGCUCUGAAUUCUUGGUCACUGAGCCACCAGUAUUUAACCCUGGAGGUUUUGUCCUGUGCUAGCUUCUUGUUUACUGGUUAUCAUUAGGGCUGUAACAAAGGUUACAUAUUUAGGAACUUCACUUGUUUAUUUUUUAAUAAGACUGAAAUAAUAUCUUAAAAUUGUAGCAACAUAAUUUGGUGCUGUUCUGGUUCCUCAGCACUAAUCAUGAUGCUUCAACUCCAGACUUUUCUUCCUUUAGCAUAAAGUCUCAUGGCCACCUAAAGUUUUGGGCUGUAUCAUUGCCAAAAUUUUAAUUCUCCUUUCUUUCACCCCAGUUUUCACCAAAAAAUACACUGUUGAUUUGUUACAUCCCUAGUAAUCAACCACGUUUGGUUUACAUCUUUUCCAUAUUCUACCUGUGUAUAUUCAUGUGGAACAAUGCUGCUCAUUAACACUUUGCUUUUUCAUUUUGCUGUUCUGCCGUUCAGCCAUAACUUCCACUUGUUCCUUGUGGGAACUCUUUAAAAACCACAUCAUGUCAGGUUACCCCACGUACAUUAUGAAUGUGCAGCUGUGAGUUCAAAUCACCUUCUCAAACUGACACUUCCAUUGAGCCAUCCCAUUUAAUCAUUUGGGCCAUUUCUCAGCAAGGAGUAGAAUGGGGUUGGGAUGCAAGGAAAGUAUUGGCAGGCAGAUAAUGUGGGUGCAAAACUAGCUAUGUUUCUUGAGGUUAGAUCAAUCAAGGCAAAAGUUAAUUACAAUAGUUGGAGGUAUGCAAUUCUGCAAGUUUACAAAACUUCUUUUGGAAAGGUUUACUUAAUAUGUGUUCGCUUUAAUUCAGAUUAACCUCGGUAAAGCUAGUUGACAACUAAUUCCACAGAUGCCCAAUUACUAUAGCACUGAUUCCACAUUUUGAGCUAAGCUCUGCAAUAUUAUUUAUUGAACAAUCUUUUUUAGUAGAUGUUAAACUUUAAACUCAUGUCAAUGUAAUUGUACCUCUUUAAAAAAAAUCAUCAGGUUAUUGUUACAUCAUAAAUCUAACUCUCCAAAGAACAAAAGUUCCACACAUUAAUCAAGAAGAUGAAACAGUGCUGUGGAUUCCUGUUACAAUCUCAAAUAUCAGAAAAAGGAACCUAGUUGCUUAACAUCUGGCAGUAUUAUUGCUGAAUAAUUAUUCAAAAAGAAUAAAUUCAUAUUAGGAGAAUAAGCCGUAAUCAGGAAUUAAAGCAUGUUCUGAGUAAUUAGUCUAAGUCAUAGCAGAAGAGAUGGAAUUGGAGCCAUGGUAUGUCACUUGAGAGUUAAGGGAAGUUGCACAAUGCAGUUCUAGUAAGCCUUGCAUUUUAUUAGUUUUUAUAUAGGCUAUUAGCCUUGAAUUCUCUUCCACUGGUGCUAGUCUAAUUUGGAUUCAGUGAGUCAUCUUCAGGAUUUGAUGCUAAAUGUAAUUCUAUCAUCAUAAUCUAGAAUUAAUUAAAUUAUAGUUCCCAAAGAAUAAUUUCAAGAAAGAAAUGCAGCUGUUUGCAUAUAAGGAAGAAUUUGGAGGUUUGUGCAGAUUAUAGUGGCAUAGCACUGCUCCAAUAAUUAUGAGGUUUUUAUGCCGUUGACUUCCCUGAUUCUCCUACAAUGGAACUUGGUAUAAGGUGUGGAAAUAGGGAACCAAAACGAUAAAAUUUGGAUGUGAAUGUGGAAAAGAAGAUAAUGUGGCUAAACGUAACUUCAGUGGAAAGCAGAACUACUUGGCGUUUCUUAGAAAGCAAAUAUAUGAAGGGAACCGAUGGGUUUGUACAAGACUUCUAUGAUUAUGAGCAAAUCUGAAGAGUCUCUGGGUUCAGAUGAAUUAUUGGGUACUUUUUCCAUCUUGUGCACUAAUUAGUUUCACAUUAGUUAAAAUUGAUCAAGCCUCUGCAAAGAAAAUAGUGGUACAGUGUAGGAAGAAUUAUUGAUGAAAUGUCCAUUUACAGGAAACACAUUUUUAAAUAACAUCUCGGUAUUGUUUCUCUUUUGGCCUUUUGAAUUUGAUGGCUAUUUCAAUGUUACAUUACAAUUAUGUUACUUCAAAAAAGUUCCAUUCCAAAUUUCUUGUUAUGAUUUUACCCACAUAUUUAACUUUCACAUGCUGUUAGUUGCUGUUUGACAAGGAGAGCUAUUUUGCCAAAUUCCUUCCUAUCCCACAUUAAUCUGCCAUAAUGAUCUAGACAGAACUGAUGGAGUUGAGUAUUUUCUUCUCAUCCAGGCCCUGAAGCUUGUAACACAUGAUGGUACCUCGUGACUGACUAUCCAUUGUAUUAGUUGGUGGUGUAGUUCUGCAACAAAUCUAAUACCUCAAAAAUUCCAGCUUUAGAAAUUUAAGAUAUUGCAUUUUUUUGGGAACUGUGGCAUUGUGUAGCUGAGUUUUUUUUUGACAAUGUACAUUUUAAUAUCUAAGCACUUGUGCAACCCGCAAAAUUGAAGGAACAAUCUGUUACUGAUACGUUACUGAUGCAAGAUUUCUGGCAAUGCUUUGAAAAUGCUAAGUUUUAGAAGGCCAAGUUAUGUUAAAAAAUAUACAAUUCUUCUUUCACUUUUUAAAAUCAAACCUGGAUGAGCAAUUCUGUGCGCAUAUGUGAUAACGGAACAGAGCAGACUGAGAUCUCCAAGUUUUAAUUCUGCUCGUGGAUUGAGUAACUUAAUAUCUGAUGGAGAGUUUUACCCACGUUAGCUACCGGUGUGGCUUGGUGGGAUGGAGAAGGGUUCAUGUAGAUGGCAGGGUAAGGUUUGAAGUCUAAAGCUAAAACAAGUGGAACUGUUCUGCUAUGCAUGGGUUUUUUUUGCUCAUGCAUGCAAGAAUUCAUAUGUUGUGAAGAAUAUUAAUUCACUACAAAAUCAAACUAGUUUGGGCCUGUGAUGAAGGGAGGAAGGCCAGCUGAGGAGACCAAAAUAUCAAAGAUGUCUGGAGUUAUUUUGCCUGUGAAUUACAAUGAAUAUACUAGCCACUCUCUGACAGAGUUGGAUUUAUCUUAUGAACAUCAGACAUUGGUGUAGAUACUUCAAAGUGUUUAUAAAAAUCAGAAUCCAUAGCAAAGUACUUGUUCCCUUCAGAUGUGUAGUGGAACUUCAAAUGUAGUACAGUGUAUGCUGUAGAAACAAAUGGGAAAAGGGGGCAAUAACAUAGUGAGUUGUGAGAACUACAAAACUGCUAGAAUUUUAUGGUCUACAGGAGAUGGGAAGAAAUUCAACGAAAUGUGCAUUGCACACACAUUUGAGUGCCAAUUCGCUUCUGAAAUCGAUUCUACUGAAGUUUAUGGAAUCAGAUUUCCUAAGUAUAGUUCAAUGCACAGCUGCUACUAUAUUGCACAUUGAACAUCAAAGAUGAAUUUCAGCCCAAGUAUUCCAUUCCAGAUUAUUACUUUUAAAUUAAUUUGAAGGCUAUUAAUGCCUCUGUAUCAUCCCUGUCAGCUUGUUAGUUUUUUGCAUCAUUGUCAGAAUCCUGAGACAGUUUUCAAAUAAUGUGACACAUUUUGCAAUUUUGCAAGGCACAUAUGCAUGCAGAAUGGGCAACACAAGGUGGUUUAAUGUGUCCUUUACAUGUGGUAUUUUUGCUCCUAGCAGAGUAAUUUAACAGCAUCGAUAUUCUAAUUUUAUACAAUGUUUUCCAUAAUGUUCUUGGGUUAAUGGAGCCUUUUUAAGUUUAACUCUUCAUCUUCUGGAGAUUCUGUUUAUUUAAAGUUGUAAGACAUUGUUAAUGAAUCCAACCUUAAAGUUGAUGCCUUGUAUUUGAAUUUGUCAGGGGGUUAAUUAAAAGGGAAGUUUAUGGAAUUAAUCCACAAUCUGAAAAUUAAUGACACUGACAAUGGUUCACUCCUCAUCUCGUUACUCUUGGCCUUGUUUUUAACAUAUUUUGGAUUAACAUUUAAGCAGACAUAGUAGACCUCCAGUUGUUAAAAAUCCAGUGAUGUCACUGUGAAACAUUGUGCACAAUACUCUCUCUCCACCAUUAAAGAGAGGGAUUUGACAAAAAAUGUUUUUCAUUCAGUCAGCCUCUAUCCACUGCUAAAGCAAAUUUUAAAAAAAAAAGAAACUGUAGGCUGAAUGAUACCAAUAUUUUCACAGAUUUUUCUCAUUGUAAGUUUUGGAGUUAGAUGACAAAUUAGAUCAGUUCAAGUUUAGUUCGAGUGGCUGGAUAGUUUAUUUUCUGAAAGUUAAUAAUCUGAAAAUAAAGUAUAUUUCUUAUCUGUU